UUUUAAUUCUGUCUGUCUUCCAGACAUAGACUACAUCAUCCAGCUCUCAACUCCUUCAGCCCUACAGAACUAAGAAAGACCAGUUCUCUGGGAUCCUUCUUCUCCAGGAAUGUUGCCUCUGCGUUUGCCUGGCAACUAAGCUGAGGUGUAGCCUUGCUUUUAAUUUACCAAGUGAUUUCCGUUGUCUCAGUAUUGUCUUCCCUUCCACAAGGGGAAAUGGAGGAGCACUACAUCUCCAAAGUUCACCCAAUAUGGGAUUAUGGAAUGGGUGUGUUUCUUCUGAUUAUUGCAAUCUUGACAAUUCUGGGGAAUUCGAUGGUUCUAGCAGUAGCUGUGAAGCGGUCCUCCUGCCUCAGGUCACCUGAGCUCCUCACAGUCAAUUUAGCAGCCACUGAUCUUGGAAUGGGUCUCAGCAUGUAUCCAUUGGCCAUUGCUUCUGCCUGGAACCACGCUUGGCUAGGUGGGGAGGCAACCUGCAUUUACUAUGCUCUGAUGGGCUUUCUUUUCGGUGUCUCCAGCAUAAUGACUUUGUCUGCAAUGGCUGUAAUCCGUUUCCUUGUAACUUUUUCAUCAAAACCUGCGAGGCAUAAAAUCAACAGGAAAGUGAUGCAUAUUUGUAUAAUGCUGAUUUGGGCAUAUGCAGUCCUUUGGGCCAUUCUGCCUUUGCUGGGCUGGGGACAUUAUGGCCCAGAGCCAUUCGGCACUUCUUGCACUAUCGCAUGGGGCCAGUUCCACAAUUCGCAAAAGGGAUUUGCCUUCAUUCUGAGCAUGUUCAUUCUCUGCACAUUUCUGCCAGCAAUAACCAUCAUCAUGUGUUACUUGGGAAUCGCCUGGAAAUUUCAUAAAACUCACCAAGAAAUGCAAAACUUAAACAGAAUAUCAAGUGCAGCAAAGCUGGAGAAGAAGUUGAUACUGGUGGCUGUAUUGAUCAGUGUAGGUUUCCUUGGCGCAUGGACCCCAUAUGCUAUAGUCAGCUUCUGGUCAGUAUUUCACUCCAGUGAAUCAAUACCUUACAUUGUUACGUUAUUACCUUGUCUGUUUGCUAAGUCAUCAACAGCCUACAAUCCUUUCAUAUACUACACUUUCAGCAAAACAUUCCGGCAUGAAGUUAAGCAUCUCAGAUGUUAUUCUGGCCAAAGAGCUCAAGAAAACAUGAAAAACUCCAUCAAUAGCAAUGUAUCAUUCAUGUGGCACGGAGGAGGCAAUAUCUGUCUUUCAACCCGACAGAUAGAAAUGAGAGAAAUACCAAAUCAAUAGACAACAGCGACUGCUUUUGAUUCAGGAGUCUAUAAACUGACUGCAUUGCUCUCAGGAUUUCACUGAAGAAUUUCAAAAAGAAAAGCCUUGCUAGUAAGAAAUGUUAAGAACUACCAGCAUACAUAAUAAAUGUGUGUUGUAAUGCCAACAAUACUGGCAGAGGAAGUAGUAAUGAACUGAACUGAGACUUCCAUAUACUUUUCAUUUGCUUUUAUUUUUAAGUUAACCUCUAUGGUGAGUUUGGACAUCAAAGACUGGGGCAGCGGAUUCCACAUAAUUAUUUAAGGUACAAAACACACUUGCUUAACAGCCAUCCACUCCAAAUUUAUCUUGACUCUGGAGACAAUUUUUGAACAGAUCAGGACUGAACCCAAUAUGCAGUACUAAAGGUAAAGGUUUUCCCUUGAUAUUAAGUCUAGUUGUGUCCGACUCUGUUGGUAGGUGCUCAUCUCCAUUUCUAAGCCGAAGAGCUUGCGUUGUCCGUAGACGCCUCCAAGGUCAUGUGGCCAGCAUGACUACAUGCAGCACCAUUACCUUGGUAGCCGAAUAUUACCCAAUGGAAUAGUUUUAAAAUUGGUUUUAUUUUAAAUUGGUAUAUUUGUUUUUAAUCAUUGUUUGUUUUAUUUUAACAGGGCUGUUGUAUGUUCUAUGUGGUAUUGAAUGCUUACCUAUGUGUAAACUGCCCUGAGUCCCUUCCGGGAGAUAGAGCAGUAUAUGGUAUAAAUAAAGUUUUGUUGUUGUUGUACCUUCCCGCUAGAGCGAUACCUAUUCAUCUACUCACAUUUGCAUGUUUUCAGACUGCUAGGUUGGCAGAAGCUCCCCCACUCCCCGGAUUUGAACUGCUGACUGUUCGGUCAGCAAGUUCAGCAGCUCGGUAGUUUAACUCACUGCGCCACCAAGGGCUCUGGGUUAAUAUGCAGUAGGUGUCACAAAAUUAUAUCCCUUAUCUAGAAAUGUUCUAUGUCAUGAGCGAAUUUGCAAAAUUUGUGUAGGUUGACAUAAGGGUGGCAGAAUUUGUUAUUUAAGGAAAGAUUUUACAGGCAUUAGAAAGUCAUUACGAGCAACGUCAUUAAGAGUCAUUAAAAGCAACAUCUUAUUAGAUUGUUGUAUGGAUUCUACUAGAUAGGUUUUUACUUCAUCAUUGUUUGAUAAUUAUUGGAAAACAAUUCGAAAACUCAUUUUCUUUUUAAUGGGAUGUAAUACUACAUGCCUCCCAAAAUAAAGGCACACUGGAAAUGCAUGAUGACCUGGUCUCUACUGAAUCAUAUCUGCUCUGCAGCUUUCCAGGCAAAAACAUAAACUCUUAUACACUUGUUAUUAUUGCUGUGAAGGGUGGGACAAGUAAGAGGGGGAAGAGGAGUGAGGCAAACUGCUGGUCACAUGAAGAGUGGCAUCAAAUCACAGAAUCAAAGCAUUCCCGAAAGACGGCCAUCCAGUCAGAGGCAGCAUAGUCCACCAUAGAAGAGCUUUUACCAUCAGAAAGUUCUUUCUAAUGUUUAGGUAGAAUCUCUUUUCCUACAAUUGGAACCCAUUGCUGUGUCCUAGUCUAUAGACCAGCAGAAAAAAAGCUUUCCCCAUCCUCAAUGUGACAUCCUUUUAAAUAUUUAAACCUGGCUACCAUUUCCUAUUUCAGCUUUCUUUCCUCCCUGCUAAGUAUGUUCAGCCCCCAGUUGUUCCUCAUAGGGCUUGGUUUCAAACCUUUGAUUAUUCUGGUUGCCUGACAUUUCUCUCUGUCAACGCUCAUUUUGUAAGUUUUGGCUCAGCUCUCUUAAUGUCAUUUUGAAUUCUGAUCCUGUCUUCUGGAGUCUUAGUUAUCUCUCCCUAUUUGGUGUCAUCUGAAAUUAUAAGAAGGCCUUUCAUCGCCCAAAUCUAUACACAUAAUAAAAGUGAAAAUCUGUAUGUGGCAUGGGUGUCCACUCACAGAGACAGCCUCCGACCUCCACAAACAGGCUAUAAUUCCCAGUGCCGAGAAGCCAGCAAGUCACUCUCUCCAUGGACAUUGCAGUUUAUAGCGAGCACAUCCCAGUGUUCCUUUUCUUCCAUUUGCAUGACCCCACCCACUGCUUCGCCCUUAACCCUUUCCUACCCUUUCUUAUGGCACACAGCACUUGAACAUACAAGAGAGAGAGGUUUGAAGAGAAUUCACCAUGAUUUAUAGCAGUUGUAGGGACUGGGAUGUAAGUUCACCUGCAAUCUAAGAGCACUCUGAACUUCACCAAUGAUGGACUUGGAACA